AUGAACUUACGAAAGAGACCAAAGAGUCAUGGUUGCAAUCAUCCGCCAUUUACUGGCACAGGUGACCGAUGUAGUCUGAAUGAAAUCGCCGCGGGCACUGCCACCCAGUUCUCAAUACUUGGAAUGAGCACCACCUUCUGCGGCACGUGGAACCUCUUUGUCUCUGGCUGGACGGUCAAGAGAUGGGGUCCCAGGUUUGCUCUUGUUCUUCAAACGUUCAUCCCGGCCAUCCGUGUUGCAACCCAGAUCCUUGGCGUCAUUGCGGGUGGCAAGUCGGGAAUCAUCAUCAUUCAAUGCACUCAGCUAAUCACAAUUCUUGGCGGCCCUGCUGGGUACAUUCUUGUCGUGAAUACAAUUGCUGGAGAGCUUGUCGAGCCAAUGCAGCGGACCGCUGUCUUUGGUAGGCUGCAGGGAUGCAUUAUGCUUGGGCAGUCCAUUGGAUACCUCCUCGGCGGCAUGGUGGGAGACCGGUUCGGAAUACAGAUGCCCUUCCAAGUCGCCUUCUUCCUCUUCUGCCUCUCAAGUCUAUAUGUUGGUCUCUUUCUCCCCUACAUCUCUCCCGACUCGUUGUCCGAUGGCAAGAAAGAUACCAAGCGGAAAGGCGUGGGUGGCUUUCUGGCUCCCCUUAGGAUAUUGGCACCUCAGCGCAUUCGAUACCCCGAUGGUCAUAUUGCAAAGCAUUUUGGAGUUUUCUUCCUGUGCUGCGGUGUCUUCCUUGGUGUGCUGGCAACUGGCUAUGCGCCCAUUCUGAUCCAGAUGUAUGCGACGGCUGUCUUCGAAUUCAAUCAAGCCGACAACGGCUGGCUAAUGUCCGGCAACGCCUUGAUGCGGAGUUUCUUCCUCAUUUUCAUCUUCCCUCGAAUCAUUGCUUUGGGACGCCGAUGGUGGGUGUCUACAUCAACUGAGACAGUCUCAACCAAAGACGAGGAUCAGAACACUCUCGCUAGAAUUCCGUCUCACCCAGAGGAGUUUGAUGCACCAAUGGGUACCCAAUCUGAAGAGGAACCCAUUCCCCCAAAACCGGUGCUUGAGGAAGAUCGUAGCUCAUGUCACUUCGAUCUUUUCUUCCUCCGGUGGAGUUUGCUCGUGGAUGGUGCUUUAACGGCAGGCGCUGCUUUGGCCCAGAAGCGAUGGCACGUCUAUUUAGCUGCCUUCCUUCUCCCAUUCGGCUCGGGAACGGCCCCGGCUGCCAAGGGAGUCAUCACUGAGAUGUGUCCUUCUUCUCAAAGGACAGAUGCGUUGAACGCCAUCACUCUAGUCGAGAAUAUCGCGAGACUAGCAACCCUCGGCCUGUUCGGGUUCGUUUUCUCAGCACUUGCGGAGAUUGGCCAGGAAUAUCUCACGUUCUUUUGCAAUGCGGGUAUUGCGGUCAUCGGAAUGGCUGUUUUGUACUUGUCACGUUUCCCGCCACGAGAAACAACCAUGGUAGAAGAAUCUCCUAACUCGAACGAACCCAUUGAGAACGAGUCUUAG